AUGAUCUUCAGUACACCACUGCUCAGGUGGCUCCUUAUUUGGUGGCGGCUGUCAGACCGUGUUGUCGAGAGCAGUGAGUUUGCGCUCAGGAUUCGCUACGUGAAGGCCGCGUGUGUGGCUGCUGGUAUGGAGAGAGGAAAACAGGUGGCACUGGUGUUUUCCUCUGGUAGCGGCUCCGGCCCAUCCGAACCGGGCGCCAUCGCACGGUCUAUUGAAGCCAUGCACGUUGCCAUUAGGGCUUUUGCUGAGACAGACUUCGUAUCUUAUCUCAGACUGGACGAGCUUGGUUUUGCUGAUCUCCGCCAAUUGUGUUCUGAGGAGGAGGACGUUGUUCCAAACGACGACGUUGAGGGCAGCGUGUGA